UCACCUCGGCAUCCACGCUGCACCGUGUCUGUGCGUCCUGCGCCGAUCCACGCAGCUUGCAGACAUGGCCUCGGGGAACGCGCACAUUGGGAAGCCGGCCCCCAACUUCCAGACUACGGCUGUGGUGGAUGGAGCCUUCAAGGAGGUGAAACUCUCCGACUAUCGGGGGAAGUACGUGGUCCUCUUUUUCUACCCACUGGACUUCACCUUCGUGUGUCCCACCGAGAUCAUCGCCUUCAGCGAGCACGCAGACGCCUUCCGCCAGCUGGGCUGCGAGGUCCUGGGGAUGUCGGUGGAUUCGCAGUUCACCCACCUAGCUUGGAUCAACACCCCCAGAAAGGAAGGAGGCCUGGGCCCCCUGAAAAUCCCCCUGCUGGCCGAUGUCACCCGAAGCCUGUCCCACGACUACGGGGUAUUGAAGGAAGAUGAGGGUAUUGCCUACAGGGGCCUCUUUAUCAUCGAUGGCAAAGGGAUUCUCCGCCAGAUCACCGUCAAUGAUUUACCUGUCGGGCGCUCCGUGGAAGAGGCUCUGCGGCUGGUCCAGGCUUUUCAGUACACCGACGAGCACGGGGAAGUCUGUCCUGCGGGCUGGAAGCCAGGGAGCGACACCAUCAAGCCCAGCGUGGACGACAGCAAGGAAUACUUCUCCAAACACAACUAGGUGGUGCCCAACCGCCCUUUGCACACCUGGCACUUAUGCUGGGCCUCCCCCCUCCCCCCCCCCCACUGUCCACAGAACAGAGAGAAGUCAGAUCCGCUCUUUUGACGUACUAGGAAGGGUUCUGGUGAGCGGUGACCCCCGCUCUGGAGUCCACGUAGCAGGGCAAACGCCUAGAAGGAGCCAAAUAAAGUGUUUGGGCUAAAAAAAAAAAAAA